AUGCAUGAUUUUAGGAAGCUGCGCCUCCUUUGGGUGGCUGCAUGGCUAGUCGUGCUCGUCGCGCUGCCACGCGGGGUACGGGGCGAGGGCGGGAGGCAGCUGUCACGCGGUGACCCCUCCUCGUUGCUGCAUGAAAACGCUUGGAUUUCCCUGCCCGGCGCGGGCCGGCGCUGUGUUGGCGCUCGCUACGGCGUGGAUGUGGCUGCUGUGGAAGACGCUUGCCUGAACGGGGGCACUAUGAACGCGGGCAGCUGCGAGUGCCCUGAGCCCCGCAACUUCACCGGCCUGCGCUGCGAGCUGUGCCAAAGCGACGCGGCGUGUGCCGCCUACGUCGGCGAACCCCGCAUGUGCCACCACGGCCUUGCGACUCGUGGCUCAAGGAAACAGUUCGAGUGCUCCCUUGACUCGCCGUUUUUGGCGGUGCUCGGCGGCGGCCGCAAGGUGGAGGCGACUGUCACGCUGAACUGCACCACCGAGGACGACGCCGCCUUCGCUGCCAGCCAGAAGGGCGUCUGCGACAUCACGCUCUUUCGCAUUGAGCCCCACCGCGAGCUGGUGGAUGCCUUUUUUCGCUGUACCACCUCCCAGUGCUCCAUGCGGCUGGUGGCGGAAGGGAAGAGCGAGACGGGCGGCGGCGGCGGCAGCAGCGGCGGCGCCAAGUCGCGCCGUGCCUUUAAGCUACUGACUUUGACGGGGCAGGUGGUGCUCGUCGUGCUGUGCGUGCUGAUUGCCCUGCUGCGGUGCGUGUCCUCCAAGCUUGGCUACCGCCGCAAGGCGAAGCUCGUGGUGGGGCUGGGGGUCACGUUGGCCCUCGCCACGGUGCUGUUCAUCACUGUGAUGCUCGUCAGCAUGCGAUCCAGGGCCCCUGACGUCUUUGCCGUGUACGAGUGCAAGCACACGGACUGCCACUGCGCCGAGGACCCGCCGCCGCAGUACAAGCCGAUCUGCUCAAGGUCGCUCAUUCACGAAAAGUUUCUGCCACUCAUCAAGAACAACAUCCACUUCGCCUGCAACCUGCGGACGCACCACUGCCAACUUACCCUCGCCGACAUCGCCCUCGUCUUUGACCUUCAGUGCAACGCCAGCGAGUGCGUCAACACGGGGCAGUUCCCGCACGAGCCGACGAUGGCUCAGCCCGAGAUUGCGCAGGCGCAGCGCAACCUCCUCGUUCUGCUCGUCCUCGCCCUCAUGCUCGUGGUCGUCGCGAUUGCAACGCACGCACUGCGGCUAUCCUCCGUAUCGAAGCGGAAGGCUGCAGAGUUUGUGCGCAUGUUUGGCCUCUCCGAGCCGCAGCCGCAGUCGGAAACCGUGCGUCUCAUGGAUGACGAAGGAAGCGACUUCGACGCCAUAAAUGACGGCGGCGACGGCGGCACGGCCCUCAACAUCCCGCAGCCGCAGAAACAAGACGUCGGGUGGCACGAACCGCCUCUGCGAGGCGAGGCUGUGGAGGCGGCGACGGCGACGGCGGACGUCGCCUCCGGCCGCAGUGAGGUCCUUGGACUGGCCUUCCACAUGCGUUCCGGCGCGUCCCACGCGACGAGUGACGCAAGGCGCAUCUUCGUCGCCACGCCAGACGAGGCGGACCGCAUUGAGUUCUUCCGGCGUCUCACGAGUUCGCCCUUCGAACUUCGGCUGACGGACUUGGCUUACACCCUGCCGGGCUCCCGCUUCGCCGCGGAGGAGGAGGCGCGGGCACGUCCGCUGCUGCACCGGGUGAACUUUGCCGUGCGCUCCGGCGAGGUGUUGGCCAUUCUCGGUCCCUCUGGCGCCGGCAAAACAACGUUGCUGGACCUUCUGUCCGCGCGGCGCAAACAGGGUGUGACGACGGGAAGCAUUUCCCUCAACGGCACCCCCGUCAGCACCGCCUCGGGGCGAUCCAUCCGGCAGUACCGCAACAUCAUUGGCUACGUCUCACAGGAGGACACGCUGCUGCCGGCACUGACCGUGCGCCAGACGAUUGAGUACGCGGCGCGGUUGAAGCUCCCGCAGGCCUUCUCAAACACGACCAUUAAAAGUAUUGUGCGACACAUGAUAGAGGCACUGAAGCUGCAGCAGUGCGAACACACCGUGAUUGGGGAUGGAAGUGGGCUUCGUGGGGUGAGUGGGGGGGAGAAGCGCCGCGUCUCCAUCGCGGCGGAGCUGCUCGCGAACCCCCGUAUCCUUUUCCUGGAUGAACCCACAAGUGGCCUGGACGCGGUCAGCGCAAAGCGCGUUGUCGAGUCGGUGGUGGAGUUGGCAAAGGAGUCACCGAUGCGGGCGUAUGCGCCCCACUACUUUGCCUUUAAGCCCCUUGUUAUCUUUAGCAUCCACCAGCCAUCGCAGGAGAUAUUUGAACUGUUUGACAAACUGCUGCUGCUCUCCCGCGGCGUGAGCGUGUACUGUGGGCCGGCCCGUGCCGCGGCGGAGACGCUUGAGCGACGUGUGCAGCGCGUCAUGGGCGGUGCGCGGGCGGUGCCCCGCCGCGAGGAGCACCCGAACCAUGCGGAGUACCUCAUGAAGCUGGAGGAGGUCCUCGACGAUGCUGCCCGCCUGGAGGUGCAGGCGGAGGAUUCACCCGGUUUGAUGCCGCACGAGGGUACGGAGUUUUUUCAGCAAUCCCGCGGGAACGAGGACGAAAGUGGCGCCAGCGAAGGUGAGCCGCUCGUGGCGGGCGAGGACAUUCUCCGCACCGCAUCCGCCUUUCGCGUCUACUACGCCAACGUGUACCAGCAGCUCGCCCUCUUAACCUCGCGGGCCGCGUGCUGCCUUAUUUCAUCCUUUCAUUUGCUUGUGUGCCACGCCGCGGUGACGGCGUGUGUCGGAGUUCUCAUGAUGGUGUUGUACCGCGAACAAGGGCUUGACCUGCCCGGGGCUCUGAACCGUGCGGGCUCCAUCACGUUUCUGCUGCUCGUGGUCUCCUUCGUCUCACUCAGCUGUCUGGAGCAGCUUGUGGUCGAGCGCAAGCUUUUUGUGCUGGAGCGGGAGAACGGCUUCUACCGCACCCUGCCCUACCUCCUCUCGAAGAUCGUUGUCGACAUCCUCCCGCUCCGCAUCGUCCCUGCGAUGGUGCUCGCCUCGCUCAUUUACUUCCCAAUGGGGCUGCGCGCGGAUGACGGGGUGCACUUCUUUUGGUUUGUCGUGGUCGUCGUGCUCUUCUCCAUCUGUGUCACGCUCCUCGUGCUCUGCAUCGGCAUCGUCACCGGGUCCUUUGGGGCGGCGGCCCUGCUGAGCAGCGUUGUCAUUCUCUGGAACUUCGUUUUUGGUGGGUUCCUCGUGCAGUCCGAGACGGUGCCGGCGGCGCUGCGGCCCUUUCAGGCGCUCUCGCCCUUCUUUCUCGCCUUUGAGGCGCUGCUCGUGAACGAGCUCGACGGGCAGGCGUGCACCUUCUCCCCCACCGACGAGACGGGAAAGCAGGCGGCGACGAGCAUCCCCAUCAUGUGCGUGCAGUACCUGUCGAACAUUGGCCUGAAGCCCGCGCGCUUCAACAGCGACGUCGCGCUGCUCGCGGGGUUCAUCUUUAUCCUGCUGCUCACCGCCUGGCUGCUGCUCGCGAGGUUCACCACCAUUGUGCGCUGA